AUGCUGAUGAGUUUGGCGUUCUCUGAUUUUCAACUUUCACAUGUUUCGGUUGAAGCCAAAACUGUGGUAGAAAUUCUACCCAUACUCAACCAGGACACAUCAGCUCGCCAGCCUAUUUCUCUGGCGGUGAGGGCGUUCCACUCUCCAACCAAUGACGAUUCAGUUAUUCGGCUUUUGGACCAGCAUGCAGGUCUGCAUGUUCGGGAGCUCAUCAUACUCACAAAGCACUGGAGGAAGUCGCUUGCCGAUGAUUCGCUGACAUGGCUCAAAUCAGCGCACAUCGAGUUUGCCUGUCUUCAAGCAGUCAGCGAUGUGGCCCCGGGUCAGGGAUUUCGAAUGACUUUUGGCCGCGUAUUGACUUUGAUUUCCCGGGGGCUGGAGAACUCUGACUUGGCCCAGGUGCUGGCUGUCAAGGACUCCUACAUGGAUAUACCUGACAAGGUGGUUGAAGCCGUGAGAGUUCAUGCAAAGAAGGCCUUGAGCAAGAUGGGGUUGAAGGUCAAAGAGGGCGAGACCUUCCUCUUCGUGAAGCCAUCAGAAAUCCGCUUCACGCAAGCCAAAUGCAGCCCAAACUUCAGAGACGGACGAUCCAUGUCGGAAACGUACCGGCAGCUGCUAGCUGGCUCCAUCGAAAAACGUGAUGUAGACAUGCUCCGAGUGGUAGAAUACAAUAAAGAUGGUCACAUGUACAGUGUGGACAAUCGUCGCUUGGCAGUCUUCCGAUUGCUAGAACAAAAUGGCCACACCAAGAUCGUGAAGGUAAGAGUCCUUGCCCGCAGCGAGCUCUACCGAGAUGAGUGGAAGAAGAAGUUUACAUUGCGGUCGGGAACAUUUAGCACAACCACACAUGGCCGGAGCAUCACAAUAUCGGGUGAAGGUUGGACUGUGGGCAUCGACAAGAAGGAGACCUGA